AUGGAAGAGGACAAAAAGGUACAGAAUAAACCAAAUUGCUCUGUUUGUCACGAUAAUGUGUCCAAAUAUCAAUGUCCUGCAUGUGGAGCACGCACCUGUUCAUUGAACUGCUUUAAAAGACACAAGAAACAGAAGGAAUGUUCAGGAAAGAGUGAUGUUACACUUAAUAAGACCAAAUAUCUUCCUAAACAGCAUAUGGAUUCCAAUAACAUUCAGAGAGAUUACAACUUUCUUAUGAAGAUGGAUAGGAAAUUGGAACUUGGCAAGGAAGAAGCCAGUACAAAUAAAAUUAUUAUAGCGUCCAAGAAAAGACAUAGGCAGAAUAAUCGAUAUCAUGGAGGCUCGAACAAAAGAAGGCCUCCCCCUGAUAGCCAUUCUUUUGAUGAUUUGAGAAAUAUAAUCACCCGACGUGGGGUUAGAAUAAGACAACUACCCCCAGGAAUGAGUCGAAAUACAAACAACAAAUCAGGAUUCGAUAAGCAAAAGGGUAGAUACAUGUGGACAUUGGAAUGGAUCUUGGUUAAUGAAAAGUUUGAAGAGAUAGAUAAGAUAAUAGGAUAUAAGAACGAUGAAGAUUCCAAAAUUUGCGAGAUUAUUCCAUUUAGAAGAUUUACCAAGAAACUGGGAGGAGAUGAAGAAACGACAAACAAUCAGUUCAAAUUCUUUAUAGAGUCAGAAGAUGAUAAGCAGACUCUGAUUGAGGUUCCCUCUGAUGAAUCAUUGAGUAAAACUAUUGGAGGACGCCUUUUCAUUGAAUUUCCAAGCAUCUACGUGAGUCUCACGGAUAAAUUCGACAAGGACGCAUUGAAUGGAAGAGUAAUUAAGAGGGAUAACAGUACCGAAGUCGAAGAACCACCAUUUCCGGAACCGAUCUCUUCAGAUCUUCCACUAGCGAGAUCACCUACAGUUUCAGAGGAUGCAGAUUAUUGUCCCUCGGAAAACUAUAUUCCUUAA